UACCACUGUGAUGGGAAAGAACCAGAAUGGCAAAUCCCAGAUAUCGAUGCAAUUGCAAACGGUGACUGGCAAUACAGAGGUAGGACCGAACAUGAAGUUAACUGCCACAUCCAAGAUCUACCAGAGAAUGGAGCUGAUAUUGCUCAUCUCAAUUAUCUGCACUUGGCUGGUGUUAAUAAAGGCAACGACAUAACUCAGAUUGAGAUGGAGAAUCCAGAGCCCACAGUCAGGCACGUGUGGGAUGGCCGCUGGGAACAACAGCCGGAACCUGACUCGCAUAUCGGUGUAAUGUAUUUGGAACAAGUGAUGACCAUCCUGAAAAUGCCGAUACCGCUAACAAGAAGCAGUCUACAAGCACGACAGGUAGUGUAG